AUGGAGUCUGUGGCUUUGUACAGCUUCCAGGCGACGGAGAAGGACGAGCUGCCCUUUCGCAAGGGGGACACGCUGAAGAUCCUGAAUAUGGAAGACGACCAGAACUGGUAUAAAGCCGAGCUGUAUGGCUCAGAAGGAUUCAUCCCGAAGAAUUACAUCAAAGUCAAGCCACACCCGUGGUACGCGGGCAGGAUUUCCAGACAUCUGGCCGAAGAAUUGCUCUUGAAACGCAAGCACUUGGGAGCUUUCCUGAUCCGCGAGAGCGAGAGCGCCCCGGGGGAAUUCUCCAUCUCCGUAAACUAUGGGGAGCACGUCCAGCAUUUCAAGGUACUCCGAGAGAGGAAUGGCAAAUAUUUCCUCUGGGAAGAAAAGUUCAACUCCUUGAAUGAGCUGGUGGAUUUCUACAGAACCACGACCAUCGCCAAAAAGCAACAGAUCUUCCUGAGAGACGACGACCAGAACCAUGAGGUACAGGGCUGUUCGGCUGCCCACACAGGUCACUCCAGGAGGCCGAAGUUCGUCCAGGCUCAGUUUGACUUCUCCUCCCACGAUCCGUCCCAGCUGGCCUUCUACAGAGGGGACAUCAUCGAGGUGCUGGACUGCCCCGACCCCAACUGGUGGAGAGGGAAGAUCUGUGGGCGAAUCGGCCUGUUUCCACGGAACUACGUCCACCCCAUUCAUAUGUGACCUGCUAGCCAGUGUCUGCCUGGACACCAGAGCUCCCUGGCUGCCCAUUACAAAAUAAACUGCAAUCCCCUUCACCUGAUGCCAUAGAGCUUUUAGGGGACAAGUUACCAGAGCACCAAGGACCUUUCCCAGACUUAAAGCCAGACUGGGGGAUGCUGCACUGGACAGACCUGAACCCUCUGGGAACCAUGUGCUCCGGUGAAUCCCCCUGCGCUAGGCAUUUGCACAUGGGGUUUUCAGUGCGGUGAAGAGGAGGCGAUUUACUCAGCCCAGCGCAUAAAAGGGACGCGACCAGAGUGAACCUAAUGGGGCUCCUAGCAAUCCUUAUCGCGCCAUCACUUUGCUUACGUGGUGUAUCCCUUCCUCCUCGUCCUCUGUCUAGCGGCACUGCAAGCCCUUUGGGGCAGGGACCAAGCACGCAAUAAACCAUCCU